AAGCAUUCGCUCAUCACAAUAGAUCAAACUACUCCAAAAUAAACAGAUAAAAUAUAUGCAACACAACAAAAUUAUCUGUCACACUCUAAACUCAACCAAAUCAAACCAAUUAAUUUUUCAUGGCGAUCGACAUCAAGAGUGUGGAGAAGAUUAUAGGCUACGAAUUCAAGAACACGAAGUAUUUAGAGGAGGCUCUCACUCACCCCUCCAUGGGUACUACUGGUUCUCCUUCUUACCAACGGCUCGAGUUUUUGGGCGAUGCCGUCAUCGGCCUCGCCGUUAGCAAACAUUUCUUUUUGGCUAAAUCUCAUCUCAGUCCCGGCCAGCUAACGUCCCUACGUUCUGCUAAUGUAAGCAACCAUAAACUGGCUCGUGUCGCAGCCCGACUGGGUCUCUACCACCAUGUUCAAGGCACUAAUAUCCGCAACUCUCUUAAGCAGGCGGAUAAGUUUGAAAAAGAAGUGCGUGAAGAAGAAGAGGAAUGGUUGGUAUAUGGGGGAGCAAAAGGUCCUAAAUUUCUUGCUGACAUUGUGGAGUCUAUUGCCGCUGCUAUUUAUGUUGACCUCGAUUUUAAUAUGCAAAAGCUAUGUCCGAUCUUGGAAAAAAGUCUUUUGAAGCCUAUGCUUACCCUCAAAGACUUGGGAAAACAUCCACAACCAAUAAUUGAGCUAUACGAGCUGUGCCAGAAACAAGGCAAGCAAAUAGAGAUUGAGUGUGAAAGUGAAAGAGAUGGAUACAAAAACCACUGCAUUGCUAGUGUUUACAUUGAUGAAAAGUUGUUUGUCUCCGAGUCUUCUGAGCUAAAAAAGAAUGCAAGGUUUAAUGCAGCUAGCGCAGCUUUGUCUAAGCUACGUCCGAAGUGGGAGACGCCUGCUAAUGAUGGUGAUGGAGAUUAUGAGACUGAAGGAGAAGAUGAAGAAGAGCUCCAUGAUCAUGGACUUCAUGAUCAGAAGAAAAAAUGGACCAAAACAAUUUACGGGUUGAUUUUAUUGGCAAUAUUAUUUGCAUUUAUAGGAAACGUGGUGAAGGAUUAGACUAGCUUAAUUAAGCUGUUGAAAUUGCAACAAUAAUUGUCAUCGAUGAGGUUGAAGGUGAUUUAUUCGGAUCACACCAUACAUGAAUCGAGUUCCGGCUUGAUUAAGAUAUGUUAUAGUGCAAUAUGGAGUACUAACUUCAUUUCAUUUCGUCUUUCUGUUAUCUCUCAUGAACAAAAUUAUGGAGACUAAUUAGUAUUGAUUUACUUUUCAAGAUUUAAUAUGUCAAUGAUCUCAAGAUGGUUUAGAUAUAUAAUUGUAUAAAUGUUGUUUACAAUUAUUCAUCUUUUGUGAUGUGAUACUCAUGAUACUCUUAAAAUAAAUGUUAAUUCUGUUAUGUUUAGAC